UGAAAUACUAUCAUUUCUAAUCACUGCAUAAUAAUAAUAAUAAUUAAGUUGAUUUUAUUUUUUUAACUUCUUUACUUCUUGGAAUUUUGUGAAUAUUCCACCAAAGAACAAGAUAAAAAAAAAAUUCCAAGACUGAUUUGAAUUCACAAGGUGUGAUUAUCUGUCAGGUGUCGAUAUGAAGUGUUUGAAAGUGGACGAAUACAUCAAGCAGACUUCAUCUGUUCAGGAGACGAGGCUUUUAUUUGAAGAACUAGAGAAAUAUGUCAAGAGUCAACCUGGACUUCAGGGGCGUACUCUAUGUGACAGGGUUAUCAGGGCCUGUCACCAUCAACUUGGAGUUGGAUCCCUGGACUUUGAUCAUAUCACUCAGUUAGUAAAGCUGGUGGAGAUUUCUCUUCAUGGCUAUGAUAUUUAUGCAGAACUUGUGGCUCAUAGCAGUCCAUUCUACAUGGAAAAAAUUAUUUUCCAUAUUGUCAAGAAGCUAAGCUCCCUAGACGUUCACACGCUAUGUGGCCAUGUAGCUGGGUUGCUUUACAACAGACUUUCUUCAGCACGACAGGCACAAGAAGACUACUGUGUCCUCGUGCAAAGCUGCUUCUCUGUGCUUUGGAGUGGAUUAUCUGCGGCCAAAAACAAGAAAAUCUUGAACCCUCGGGAUAAGCUGUGCUGCCAGAUGCAAGCUUUGAGCUUCCUCUUUUUGUUAGAUGGAGAAACUGCUGGACCCUCUUUCUCUAAAGUCCCCAUUUAUGCAGAGUAUGCAUUUACUGAGUUUGAGAGCAACUGUGAAUCACUGACAAAAGAGGAUGCUUCUUUCCUGCUCCGGGAAAUAAACAUGCUUUUUAACAGAUGCUUUACCGGUGAUCAAGCCUGCCAGGUAGAUGUAUUCAAACAGCGUUUAGAAACGAGAUUUUAUGCACUUUGUGAAAUGGUGCUGCUUAUUGUAAAGAUGCUUUGUAAGGCUGAUCACCACAGUCUGGCCACAACCUUUCUGAAUGCAAUGGAGAGCAAGGUUUUAGACUGUGUUGGCUCCCAGUGUACACCACUGGUGUUUGGCAAAUGGGGAGUAAAAAUUCAUUCAGCAAUGAAGGCUGGGAAAGUAAGCGGACUGGCAUUCACAGGGUGUGCUAGGGCCCUGAGAUCUCUCUCAGCUGACCUGGGCAACAGAGAGAGUCAUGCUUUUCUGGAAGGUUGUAGUCUAGUGGUAUGGGCCGUUGAAAGUGGGCACAAUAAGGGAUUAUCUGGGCCUGUGCUCCUGUCUUUGUUUUCUUUUCUUGAGGAGCACCAAGAGUGGAUAAUGAAAAUGCUUAACAAGACUGAGUGCAGCAGACUACAGCAGACCCUCUGCUUGAGUAUUUACCAAGGCUUUGUAUUUGCUUAUGAGAGCAUGUUGGCGUCACAGCUGGAAAACAGUGACACAUUGGACAGAGUUUUGCUGUACUGCCAGUCCACAGCUGGACUGCUGAUGACAGAGCUGCACAAGUUAUCUAAUGAAAACCUCUUCAUCAAAGCAGUGAUUGCUGUGAGCAACUUGGCUUGUGGGUUGUACAACCGACGCCACUAUGACCAAGCCUUCACACUGGUUGAGAUUCUCUGCAAGGAUCUAUGCAAGAACUGCCCUGUAUCAUUGUCUGUUGAUAGACUGAGUCGACCCUUCAUGCUGGCUGUGCAAACUUCACGUCGGGCUGGAAAAUUGGAACGAGCCCUGGAUUGGGUGAUCCUGUGGCUGAAGGCUCUUGGGGACAAUAUCACUGCUCACAUGUCUGAACCUGUUUCUCUUUGGGUGAAAACAAAGACUGAUGCAGCUCAUGACUCUGAUGAGGACAUCAGACUCAGGACAUUGCGUGAUGGUUUUGGUACCGAUGUCCCUGAGGAGCGAAUCAUGCUUUGUCUUUUGGCGGAAGAGCUGCGUGUCUAUAAGGAGUUGGCAAGAGACACGGCUCAAGAACGCUACAACACACUCUGUGAUCUGUUGGACAUCUGUCACGAGGAGAGUUCUCACACCCAUUUACGUGCUGUGUACCUCUGCGAAAUGGCCCAAGUUGUGUGCUUCCAGGAUUUCAGUGAACAGACUGACUGCAUGGCAGUGGACUUCAUCCAUGAAGCGUUACGACUUCUCGAAGAAGAACCAGAGACUCCAGACAACGCUGAUAGACUGAAGGAUGACAAAGCGCAUGCUUUACUUUGGCUCUACAUCUGCAGUCUGGAGAAAAAUCUCCAGGAGGCCAUUGAGAGUGAUAGAAAGCGAAGAGAGUUGCGUGAGCAGACGCAGUAUGUGGCUGAUCCCAUAGGCAGCAAUGAUUUUGAUUAUGAAGACAAGCAGAAGACACAGGACAGCACUCUGGUCUAUGAAGGCCUGCAUUUCAACCUGGCUGCAGAAAAAAAGUUGUGUCAGCCACUGGAAAAAGCGCUGGACAUGUGGUCUGCUCUUUUCAAGAGUCAAGCCCAUCCCUCAGUCAGGAAUGCUAAACAGACCUGCAGUUCCAUUGCUGUGGCUGCAGCUCUCUUCAGACUCAUGGGAAAGCCUCUAAAAGCUUUAGAAGCGUACCAACUUGGUGUUGGAGUUUCACAAGAACUGGCUGAUGCUCAGAGCUGUGCCAGCUGUCUUUGUCAGUCAGUCAGUAUCCUCCUCGAUAUUGGCAGCCCUGAACUGGCUCUGGCCCAGCUAGAAGAAGCAGAAAAAACAUUAACUUCAGCUGCCACAGAUGAGGGCCCUUCUGCCCUCUCAGUGCUGGUUGUUUUAUUGAAAGCUCAGUACUUUUACCUUGUAGGACAGAUCGACUGUGGCUUGACUUAUCUGCGUGAGGUGCUUAAAGCAGUAAACGAGCAAAAACAUUCAAAGAGCUGGUACCUGCUGCGUGCACGGACUCUCCAGGUCUGCAGCGCCUAUCUGGACUUAGAUACAGCUCAGCUGCCACAAGCCCAACGGCACAGUGUUGCACAGCAUGGAAUAAAAACCCCAGAUGCUGCACUGUAUGAGAGCUUGAAGCUUCUCUGCAGUCUGCUGGUCACUGUAGCAGGAAAAGGCUUGUAUGGUACCAAUGGCAGCAACUCAGAUGUGCGUUUUAUCUACCACGGUGACAACCUGGUGCUGAAGUGGCAGCUACUCUCAGAGCUGCUGAACUGCUCCAAGAAGAUGGUGGCUAUGCGUAGCAGCUGCGGAGCCAUUAACGAUGCCAGACUCCAGUGUCUAGAAGCCCUGAAACUAGCCAUCAAGCUCCAAGCACUCAGCCAAUGUGCUGAGCUGCUGGUGAUCAAAGCCGAGUUGGAGCUGAUGCAGGGGGAGAGAGAGGAAAGCAGAACAGAUUUGAAUAUUGUCAAAAAUCUUCUUGAGCACUGCACAGAUAUUUCUGAUCAAGUUCAGAAAGCAGAUGUUAAAAUCAAACCAAGGAAAGGCCGUCCAGCUCGGAGACCUCCCUCUCCUCUUCCAACAGUGGAGGAUGAACUAAAGGACAUCCUGAGCACCAGGUGGAUUGCCAAAGAACCUGUAGUGAAGGAUCCGGCCAGCUCCCCACCUCUCAAAGCUCCACCUCGCCUUUGGCUUUCCUCAUUGGCCCAUGAAUUCGAUUGUCAGUGCCCUUGCUGCUCUGAACCCUGUUUAAGCCGUGCCACAGCUCGCUGGGCAGCUGCACAGGCUGAUCUGGUUCUUCAGAUGGAUCCCACUGAAAUCAGCGCCAGUUCCAAACUUCACUGGGCAGCUUUAUUUCAAUCUAAAAAUAUUACUACACGACUCAGAAACAAAUUGGCUGAGAUCUUCCCUUCCUGUGAUCCUGCCAAAGGCAUCUGUAAACCUUCCCUGAUGCAGGAUGUCGUAGGGCAUGUGUAUCUACACAUGGCCCAGACUGGGCUAGAAACUAGGCUUAACAAGGUCUGUGGUAUAUGGAAAACAUUGGAAGCUGGCUUAUCAUUUGUAGAUUCUGUGACUUGUCCUGUCCCGGGGCGUGUGAGAGCCGGCUUAAUGGCAACUAAAGCCAUUGCAUCGCUGGUGAUCUUGGCUGCCAAAAAAGGCUGCAGCCCAGAGGAACUAUAUUCAAAUGUUUGGACCUGGAAUGCGCCAGAAGACGAUACAGACAUCAAACCAGAACAGAAAACGGCACCUCUCUCAUCUUCACUUAAAAAGCCUAAAUCCUCUUUUAAAAACCCAGAUAUGGCCGACCAAAAAAAGGAAGCAAGACAAGUCAAGGCUGUCAAACCCAAAAUGGAAGUGAAAAGCUCCUCAAUCAAAGAGAAAAGUCUUGUUCCCAAGACACCAAUAAUAAAAAAAUCUAAAUCCUCAGUUAGAGAGCUUGGCUCAUUUGAUUUCAACACAGUUGUGCCUACUUUGGCUUGUACCCCUGCUCAGAAAGUGAAAUGCCCUGCUGCCGUGCAGAAAGCACCAAAGACUGCCUCUAAGCUUCAGUUUCAUGUGUAUGAAGAGCUCUCACCAGUUCAGGACAAAGCCCAGCAUGUGCCUGCUGCCCCUAAAAGGACAAAAAAGUCACGCUUUAAGGUGGAAUUUAGCGAUGAAAGUGACUCGGAGGCCAGUACCCAUGGAGAGCUAAGACCAAAAGAUGUCCCUAAAAAGCAAACAGCCACAAGAAAAGCUGCCUCCAGUGCUAAAAUGGCCCCAGAACCACCUGCCGAGAGGAUGCCACUCAAGAGGCAGGCAAAGGGGAAAAAGAGCACCUCAGUGCCUUGUUCUUCUGAGGAUGAGGACACGUUGAUCAGUCAGCCUGUCUUCACAAGAAAAGGAAGAACAAGAAAAAAUCUUUCCAAGGUGGAAAAAGCAGUGGAGGAGCCAGACACAAUGAGGACCAUUAAGGAGGAAAUUGAUGAAGUCCUGGACAUGAGCAUUGAGCAGCUACGGACAUCAGACAUGGAAGCUGAGGAUAACACAGCUUCAAGUAAAGAUAUCAACAUAGAUUUUGAGGUGUUGCGAAGGGAUAUGUGUUUUCACCAGGACAGAGAUGAUCUGAAUGAAUUGAGGAGAAGAGGACAUCCAAGAGAAGGUCAACAAACCCACAUCUCUCAAUCAGACAGCAGGCCAGACAACCUUUCUCUGGAGGAAGUUCAGGUGUUGCUCCGCUCAGCCUGGCUGACACUCCAGCACUUUCCCUGCCCCACCAUCCAUCCGACCCUCUCUGCUCUUCUUGCCUUAACUCUGGGACAGCAAGACCCCGUAACUACAGCAAUGCUACAUGCUCAGUCCUUAGGGGUCACCAGUCGUCAUCGCACAAUCCGGCAUUUGUCCAGUUCUCUCCAUAAGCUGAAAAAGGCAUCCAGCGAGCUGGCUGACAAGAUGGAUGCUUUGAGUCUGAAUGAGCCCAGUAGGACUGCGUCCACUGCUUCCACCGAGCAGAGGUUGUCUCAGAUGGAGGACAUCUUUUCCUUUCCCACUGCUGAUCCUUCAGCUUUCCCGCACAACCACUGCCAAGAGUUUAUCAAACAAAUUCAACAUCUUCCCGAAGGGGUAACAGUGUGUUUGAUGUCUGUGCUUGGAAUAAAACCGGGGGAAAUGGGAGACAGCAUUUUACUGUCUCGUCUUGAGAAGGAUUCUGCACCUGUCACUCUGCAUAUCUCCACAUCCAAACAGCAGCACAACAUUAGCUGGUUGGUGCAGGAGAUGGAUAAUAUUCUGGUGGAACAAAAGGUUGUGAGCUGCGUGUCUGAGAAAGCAAAGUGGUGGGAAGGCCGAUGGGCUCUUGACUCUCGAGUUGAGCGUCUGUUAAAAGAAAUGGAGGGAUCACUUGGAUGUUGGAAGAGCCUUCUUCUACCCAUCUCAUCGGAGCCUGAGCUUUCCACACAAGCCAAGCAACUCUGUAAGGCCUUGUCUACACGAGGAGUGACAGUCAGUGUGGAGAUGUUAAGGGCUGUGCUUUCUGCAUCUCAUGUUCUCUCUGAGGAAGAUCUUAAAGCAUUUUCACUAGGACUUUACCCCCAGUGGGACACUGAAUGUGAUCAUCUUCUCCAUACUGCAAUGUCCCAGCUCUCAAAGAGAGAUGAGCCUCGAGGUCAUGUGGUUCUGAUCCUAGACAAGUAUCUUCAGAAGUUGCCAUGGGAAAGCAUGCCCAUCUUAAAGUCUUGCUCUAUGAGCCGAAUGCCUUCUUUGCAUUCUCUGCUUGGACUGUGCCUUCAGAAAGAGACUGACUCUCAGUCCAUCCUGAGGCAUGGUGUGAAUUCAAGGAAGGUGUUUUAUGUGUUGGACCCUGAUGCCAACUUAAAAAACGCUCAGGAUCGAUUCAAGGAAUGGUUUUGCAGUAAACCGGACUGGCAAGGUGUGUGUGGAGUUGCUCCUGAUCUGGGUCAACUACAAGAAGCUGUUGCAACCAAGGAUUUAUACAUUUAUGUGGGCCAUGGUGCAGGUGCAAGGUUCCUGGACAGUCAGUCGGUUCUCAAGCAGCAGAUGACUGCAGCCUCUCUGCUGUUUGGUUGCAGCAGUGCCGCUCUGGCAGUGCGAGGCAAUCAGGAGGGACAAGGCAUCGUUCUCAACUACCUCACUGCAGGCUGUCCCUUCAUUUUGGGCAACUUGUGGGAUGUAACGGAUCGGGAUAUUGAUCGCUUCACUAAAGCUUUGCUGGAGUCAUGGUUCUCUGCGGGGUCCGGCGCACCUCUCCUGCAGUACAUUGGUUCAUCGCGUCAGGCCACACACCUGAAAUACCUCAUAGGAGCUGCACCUGUUGUCUAUGGUCUACCAAUUCACCUGCAAUGAGACUGGAAAUCUGAAACUCCAAACAGUAAAGCAGCAUAUUGACCUUAUCAUUUUAGUGCACAACCUGGAGGAUUUUACUUAACUUUGGAAUUAAAUUCCCAAAAACAUUAUUAGCGCAUAUGUUUUAUUUAAAAGUUGUUUCCAGAUUUUAACAGUCAAUUAUUUGAAUGGCCUGUAAUGGUUUUGUUUGAAGUGCUCAGGGUUUGCUUUUGGUUUUUAUUUUAAUAAAUGAACUUGCACAUACAGUUUGUUUCUGUUUUGGAUAUGAUUGAGACGUGGAGCUCAACACUUGAAUGUGUUAUAAAAAUUGCCACCAUCAUCUGGGAAAGAUUAUUUCACUGUAGACUCCAGCUAAGUCCUGUUACCAUACAUUGUCAUUAGACUAAAAGUCAUAAGAUGUGUUAACAAAUUAAAUCAAGCUCUAUCAUC